UUCUUCUUCUACAGUGUUCAAAGUUCAAAUCACACUUCCAAAAGUUUCACUUCAAUUCAAGAUCCAAUCUUUCACAUUUCUCACAAAUUGAAGAGUUUUUCUCAAAUUUCUUCAAAAAAAGGUGAGUUUUUCAAUGGCAAAUUCAUGGAGAAGAAACCAACAAAUCAAGAUCUUCACCCCCAAGAAUCUCCUUCUCUUUUUCUUCACUUCUCUUCUCCUCCUUAUCUUCCUCUAUCUCACAUCACAAACCCAACCCCACAAUCCAAAACCCCUUAAAUCCCUUAAAAAUUCAAUCUUUAAUCUUCCAAUAAAGCCUUUUGAUUGUUACAAUUCACCUCAAGCUUACCCUGUUAUAGCUAGUGUAGUUGAAGGUGUGAAAUACCCUUUUCUUUUUUCACUUUCAGAUUUUGGGAAUUUGCCUGAAAAACCUCAUAAGAAUAUUCAGAGGGUACUUAAAGGAAAACCCUUUAGAAAGCCUGAUAUAUCUGUGACUGUGCAAGAAUUGUUGGAAAAGAUGAAGGGUGAAAAUGGGAUUUUUUUGGAUGUUGGAGCUAAUGUAGGAAUGGCUACUUUUGCUGCUGCUGUAAUGGGGUUUAAAGUUUUGGCCUUUGAACCUGUUUUUGAGAAUUUGCAGAAAAUUUGUGAAGGUAUUUACUUUAAUAGAGUUGGAGAGUUAGUUGAGGUUUAUGAAGCAGCUGCCUCAGAUCAUAAUGGGAACAUUACCUUUCACAAGUUGGUUGGUAGACUCGACAAUAGUGCAGUAUCUGCCACCGGUGCCAAGUUGGCUUUUAAGUCAAAUGAAGAGAUUGAAGUUCAAGUAAAAACUAUUCCUCUUGAUGAGGUUAUCCAAGAAACGGAGCGUGUACUACUGAUAAAGAUAGAUGUUCAAGGUUGGGAGUAUCAUGUACUUAAGGGAGCAUCAAAGUUAUUGUCAAGGAAGAAAGGUGAAGCACCUUACCUAAUCUACGAGGAAGAUGAGCGAUUGUUGCAAGCCAGCAAUAGCAGCGCCAAGGAAAUCCGGGAGUUUCUACACAGUGUGGGCUACAACCAUUGCACUCAACAUGGUACAGAUGCACACUGCACAAAAACAGAUUGACAAGGUUAUCAUCUACAAAUAAUCUUCUGUUACAACUCUGGAAGGAGCAUCAAUACUUAAAAUUCUUAAAAUUUCUGCUAUACACCGAUUUAAACAAUCAACUAUCAUGUUUUUUUCGGUGUGAUAAGCUUAGAAUGAUUGGUAAUCGAACAAAAUCUGAUGCGCCAGUUGUUCAAAGUCGAGCUCUACUUUUUUCAGUUCGUGUGAAUUGGAAGGCUGACUGAUACCAUGUUGAGGGGUUUAUGACAAUGCUAACUUUGCUGAUAGGUUUGUGGUUGGGUAAAUCAGAGAGGAGAAGAGAAGGUAGGAAAAUUGAUUUGUCUGUUUGAUGACUUUUAGACAGUGGCAGGAUGUUUUCUCCCACUUCUUGCUUUCUGGUUACCCUAUAUGUAAUGUGUGCACAGGCUAUUUAUAAUACUUUUUUUGUAGAGGUUGUUGCUUUGAUCUGUGUUGUUCUCUUUGUUUCCAUUGGUGAACUUGUUGAUCAUUAAGUACAUCUAAUAUACUCCCUCCAUUUCAUUUUACUUGUCCA